AUGGAUACAAAUAUUUAUAAUGGACUAUGCUGCUAUCUUUCUCGAGAAAGUGAUUCAGUGGUAGUAUUUGUAGAUUAUCGUUUAGGUCCUGAGCACCAAUAUCCUGCCCAGUUAACAGAUGCCAUAGCUACAACCCUGCAUUUUAUGAAACACGCCAAAGACUAUGGAGUCAAUCCAAAUCACAUUCUUCUUGCUGGAGAUAGCAGUGGUGGAGCCCUGGUUGCUGCCCUUUGUCAAGAAUUUGUAAAAAUGGGGAACCAGCCAAAGAUCCGAGCACAGAUCUUGAUAUAUCCUUUCCUGCAGAGAAUAGACUACAUGCUACCAUCCCAUUUUCAAAACCAACAUGGUCCUCUUCUUACCAGAAAGCGGUAUUUAAGCAUUCCUUUAAAAUUUCUUAACCAGAAAGGUGUAGACAAAGAAAAACUGGGAAGGAAUGGCCAUGUUCCUGAGGACCUGAGGCAGAAAUUCAAGAAAUUGAUUAGUGCAGAUCUUCUCCCCAGCGAGUUUAAAGCCCGAGGUUAUAAUCCCCCAAUCCCAUGCCCAUUUUCAAAAGAACUGUAUGAAGCAACUAAUAUGAAAGAACUGACAAUGCGGUCACUAAUUAUCAGAGAGGAUGACAUUAUAAAGCAAUUUCCUGAGACAUACCUUUUGACCUGUGAAUAUGACCUACUUCGGGACGAAGGAUUUCUCUACAAAAAGCGACUAGAGGACAAUGGGGUCCCUGUGACUUGGAAUCAUCUACAAGAGGGAUUCCAUGGAUUUAUAACAUUUAUCAACAGUAGAGUUUUUGAAUUUACAUUUACAAAACCAGCAGUUGAAAACAUGGUUUCCUUUAUUAAGGGGCUCUGA